CGCUUCCUUCUAUACCAGCCGACUGUCUCCAGCUUCAAGGAGCUUGCCAGCACCAAUGACGAUUUCUGUCUCGAAUCCAUAAUGAGCGAUGGCUGACAACAAUAGCCGUCUACGCGUGAACCCGAGUCUAGAUGUGCUUGACGUUGAGUUCCAUGUACCAGUUGACGCUGGAGUGGACUUGGUGGAGUAUCAACAAGCCAUGCGAGUGCUCAACCUUCAGCCAUAUCUUCGGAGCGUUGCGUAUUCUGUACAAAAUCUCGGUGUUGUAGCCAAGAAUGUCCGAUCGAUAUCAGUUGUCGUUGACGGCUGGAAAGGGGCGAAGAUGUCAAGCCAGAAUCGAUCCGUAGCAACGCCUAAAUGUCGAUAUAGUGAUAACCAGAGUGAUUUUGGGCUUUAAAUGAAUACACCAACAGUCCGGAGUUGAAGUCGAAAUGAUGGGCAGUUGGCGAAGCCCGAAAGUACAGCGAAGGAGACGCAGCAACAUGUCACAAAGAGUCCCGUCAUGAACCGGUUGCCACU